AUUCUCUUUUCUGGGUGUGAUUUUGACCUGCCUGUGUCUUCUUCUGUAGGUGGGAAGAUGGCGUUUGUGAAGAGCGGAUGGUUGCUGCGACAGAGUACUAUUUUGAAGCGCUGGAAGAAGAAUUGGUUUGACCUGUGGUCAGAUGGUCACCUGAUCUAUUACGAUGACCAGAGCCGGCAGAGCGUGGAGGACAAGGUCCACAUGCCGGUGGACUGCAUCAACAUCCGCACGGGGCAUGAGUGCCGGGAUAUUCAGCCUCCAGAUGGGAAGACGAAGGACUGUAUGCUGCAGAUUGUUUGCCGAGAUGGGAAGACCAUCAGUCUUUGUGCAGAAAGCACAGAUGAUUGUUUGGCCUGGAAAUUUACACUCCAGGAUUCCAGGACAAACACGGCUUACGUGGGCUCAGAAGUCAUGUAUGAUGAGACGGCCGUGGCUUCCUCCCCGCCUCCUUACACAGCCUACGCUGCACCAACCCCCGAGCAGGCGUACGGCUAUGGGCCGUACAGCGGCGCCUACCCACCAGGAACCCAGGUUGUCUACGCUGCCAACGGGCAGGCCUAUGCUGUGCCCUACCAGUACCCGUAUGCAGGAGUUUAUGGACAGCAGCCUGCCAACCAAGUCAUCAUUCGUGAGCGGUACCGAGACAAUGACAGUGACCUGGCGCUGGGCAUGCUGGCUGGAGCGGCCACAGGCAUGGCCCUGGGGUCUCUGUUCUGGGUCUUCUAGAGCCCACGGGACCUGGAUGUGCAUAGCUUCUCGUACCCCGUGUGCAAUAAUAUAAUUUGCAGGGCAUUUCUGUUUGUGAUAAUUGUUUUUGAUAAUAGUUUUAACAGUUCUUUUGAAAGUAGUGGCAUCAUAGUUAUAACUAAUCCAUGUAAGUAGCAGAGACAAGGGUUUGGACUGCUGUUCAGCUAAAGCGUGGGCUGUCUGGGGGCACUGGCUCGUUCUGAGAGUUUUCUUAUUGAACUCUCAGGAUGCUGCAUUUGAACACACCUGUUUGAAAGGCCAUUUUCUUUCUAGAGUUGGGUGUAGUGCUUAAGGGGUAAUUUAUUUUAGCGUUAUGCUAGUAAUAUGGUGGUGUAUGAGUGAGUGAGUGUGGCAAGAAAAGCUGCAGCUUUUUUGGUUUGAGACUUUGAAACCCCAGACCAGAACUGGCUGUGUGUUGCUUCAGGAGCUGUGGGCUGGAAGCUCUGCCGGGCGGCGGCGCGACAUCUCCAGGCUCCUGGGGCUCCGGGCGGCGCCCGGCAGAGCUGACUGCUCAGGGUGAUGGGGGUGGCAGUUCCCCCUUUAAAACGAGGCUUUUUCGUUUUAGCCCCGCUUGUUUGUUUUUGCCAGUGAUCUUUGGCAGAAAACAUCCCCAAGAAGGAGUUGACUUGAGUGUCAACGUUUUAGAGCUUUAUCAUUUAGAACUUGAAGAAGGCAAACCACAUACAGGCACUUGGAGGUAGAUUGGCAUUACUCAAGAGACAUCAUGUUUUGCGCACUUGCUUUGAGUAUUUUUAUUGCCACCUUAGCCUACUGAUAGCUUAUUUUUCUACUGGCUGAGAAAAUACGGAGAGAAUGGUGAGGAGCGGCGACCGGGAGCCGUCCUUAGAGUUAUGUUUCAGGGGUCGCACUGCGCAGAGGGUGCGCUCCCUCCCUCUGAAGGCUGCUUUGGAGCCCGUUUCCCGUCCUGGGCAGGACUGGGCGCUGUGGCUGGGGAAACUCAGGGUGAGGAUGGGAAUCGCGGCCUGACGACAUGUAUGACCUGCCUGGGAUGUCACUCCACCCGACCAGGGCGCCUGCCUUGUUCUCAUUUCUGACUCGAAUGUCACAGAGCUUAAACCAUUUAAUUUUGAGCCCCAGCUAUGUAUGAAGCUCUGGAAAACCCAGAGUCCUGCAGUUCUGUUAUUUCUUUAUCUGUGUGAGAUUUUAAAACUUCGGUUGUUCCAGUUUUCUGUCCUGCAUGCUUUAAAAAGCUGUGAAGGGCCUGCCCCGUGCUCCGUGUGGCCCUGUUUUCCGUGAAAUACACUCCUGGUAGCACAGAUUCGGCUUUUCUUCUUGUGGCCAGUUACAUGUGUACUUUCCUGUUUCACCGGCAACCAGCUCCUCUACGGCAGACUUAACUAGAUCUCCGUAGGAAAUCAGAUGCCAAAUGAACUUUGUGGGGAACACAGGUCCGUUUUCCCAGCCAGUUCGGCUGCACUCGUGGGUCCUAGGGAGCCUGUCUCCAGCUGAAAGGGAGUGUACUUGACUGCCACCUCUUUUGAAUGUUUGACAUGGUGGAAAAUUGCUAGAUGUGAUGUGUGACAACACUGGUUUUGAUGGUUAAAAAUGUUGCUUUUAUGGUUUUACAUCAUAAGUAAUAAGAAUGGCUUUGUUCAGAUGGUAAUGGUUGUUAAAGCUGUAUGCUUUACUGACAAAAUAUAUGACCUCAGUUUGUAACAUUGCCUUGGGGUAUAAAUUUUGUGCUCGGCUGGAACCACAGAACACUGAGUCAUGUCACCAAAAUGGCCCUGAAGCAAGCGGCCUGCCUGUGUUCCCCUCCCUGUCUGCCCUCUGACGGGGAAGGGGGACAGGGCCGUGGACUGAUGCUCGGCACGUGUGUGCGCCUGCCGUCCCUGCCGCAGUGGCGCCAGCCCCAGUGGGCAGCCGUAGUUGCAUCUGGAAGUUCACUGUCACUAGUGACUGGACCCUGAGUAUAUCCUAGGUAUAGAGGAAGGCUGAGGCAUGUCCUUCCCCUGGCCCCGACUCCCAGGGACGCCAACGUUUAAUUGCCUCCCUUAGGUAACCCUAAAUCGAGAAGUUGGGUGGGUUGGAAGGACCUCAUUUGGGCUCGAGUCAGCAUUUUAGUUCCCUGUACUUACACAGUAUACAGGUGGGCCAUUGACACUACUGGGGUCUUUUAGCUCCGUCCUUUGAAUUCCUCGAGUUCAGUUCAGGAUCUUAGAGGUACAGAGAAGGGAGAGACCAGUGUCUGCACUUUAGCUCAUCAUUCAUGCGACAGGCCUGGCCGGGGGAGGUCUGGGUCAGACGGGGCGCUCCUGCCGUCGGGACGGAACGAGCCACCUCUGUUUUCUGCGUUAACUGUGAUCGUGUGUGACGCUGACUUCUUCCUGGGUGUGUGUGGACUCCGGCAUGGAAUGCAGCUCCGUUUUCCCCCUACAGUUGAUCUUUUUUCUGAUUGCUUGCCUGUCUAGUAUUCUGUUGUGUCCACAGGACCUAUUUUUCCUGUAUAUGCAGAUUGUAUGUUUAUAAGUGGAAAUGUUAAUACAUUAAAUAAUUGUUAACCUUAAAGCAUA